AUGCGUUAUUAUUUAGAAAACCAACCAAAACUGUUUUUGGACAUAUUGUUCGAACUCAACCAUGAUGGUGGUAACCUUACAGAUUCCGAUAUUAGAGAUGAGGUUAUAACAAUGAUGGCCGGAGGUUUUGAUACCAGCGCUAUCACAGUAUGUUUUGUUCUUUUGAUGAUGGGCAUACAUCAAGAUAUCCAAGAUAAAGUAUACAAUGAAAUUUACGAUAUAUUUGGUGAAAGUGACCAAACGAUAACUAUUUACGACACCACUAAACUCGUGUACUUAGAACAAGUCAUAAAGGAAACCCUUCGAUUAUAUCCAAUAGGAGCAUUGUUGCUCAGGGAAACUCAAGAUGAUAUUAAAAUAUUUUCAAGUGAUUACAUACUGCCAAAAGGAACGACGUGUAUUAUAGCUCCAUUUUUCACACAUCAUAGUCCUGAUUUAUACUCAAAUCCUUGGUCUUUUAAUCCAGAAAACUUUAGCCCAGAAAAUGUCGCUAAACGUCAUAAAUAUGGCUUUAUUCCUUUUAGUGGUGGUCCAAGAGGUUGCAUAGGAAACAAAUAUGCCAUGCUGUCGAUGAAAGCCGUUGUGUCAACAUUCUUGAGAAAUUUUAGCGUACACUCAGAUAUCAAAUUAACAGACAUUAAGUUAACAUUAGGUUUAUUUUUGAGAAGUGUUCACGGUUAUCCUGUUACGAUUCGACUGAGAGACAGAAGACCAACAUACAAGCAGAAACAGAAUCAGCAAAUAUAA